UUCUAUAUUUUCAUCAGAGAACGUUGAUUCGCAACAAAAUAUCAGAUAUUCCCCAAAGGGUUUUAUCGUCUCAGAUAUUUACAAGUAAAUUUAUUAAAGAUUUUUUGAGCAAACUGGUGUUAACUCGACUGUAAUAAAAUCUUUAUAAUAUCGAAAGUAAUAGUGCGGAGGUGGAGACUAAAUGAAGCGAUUUUUCGCUUAAUCCUAAAUAGACAUUUCGGCAGUCUGUGCAGUGAGAUCGGAGCAUUUUUGGUUCGUUUUAGAAAUGCUUAAAAAUUGUCCGCAAAAGUGGCGUUUGUAAGCGAUAACUUAAGUUUUGAACGUUAUUUUCUUCAGAAAAUGCAACAAGUGGACACAGAUCCACCAUCCUUACCGGUUGGUACGGAGGUAAGUGCCAAAUACAAAGGAGCUUUUUGUGAAGCAAAGGUUAGCAAAGUUGUUCGAAAUAUAAAAGUGAAAGUCGCCUAUAAACAAGGUCUAGGAUCGGGAAUUGUCUCAGAUGAUUUAAUAAAAACAGCGCCCGGUCAAUUACGUGUGGGUGCCACUGUUGAAGUACGUCAUCCUGAUCGUAAAGAUUUAAUAGAGGGGACAGUAACAAAAAUACAAGAUUGUUCACAAUACACCGUGGUAUUUGACGAUGGAGACAUAACAACAUUACGUCGUACUGCUUUAUGUCUGAAAAGUGGACGCCACUUUAACGAAAGUGAAACUUUAGACCAACUGCCUCUCACUCAUCCUGAGCACUUCGGAAAUCCUGUGGUUGGAGGACGGCGUGGACGAAGACGGGGUCAAUUAAACGACGACAGCUCUGAUGAAGAAGAUGAAAGUGACACUAAAGAAGUUGUUAACGAAAAGGAAGAACACAUUGGCAAGGUUGUAUGUGUGGAAAUGGAGACAAAGAAAAAGGAUAAAGAAAAAUGGUUCCCGGGCCUAGUACUGGCCCCAACGGCACAAGCGAAUGUACGGAUUCGAGUAAAAGAUGAAUAUUUGGUGAGAUCAUUUAAAGAUGGCCGAUAUUAUACAGUUCCAAAAAAAGAGGCAACUGAAUUUACUCGCGAAGUAGCAGUAAAACAAGACGGCCAGGCAGUACAGGCAGCACUUGAAUAUCUAGAUAGUGGAGCCUUACCUCCACACUGGGAUCGUGAAUCAUUAUUUGGGCUUAAUAAUUCUUCCAGUGAAGGCGAAGGAGAAUUAGAAUCUGACUCGUCAGAUGAUGAACCGCGCGAGGAAAAAGAUCGUUUUGUAGCACAACUGUAUAAAUAUAUGGAUGAUCGCGGAACUCCAUUAAAUAAAGUGCCCUCUAUACAAAAUCGUGACGUUGACUUAUACCGCCUAUUUCGAGCAGUGCAAAAGUGUGGUGGAUAUAAUCGUGUUACUGCAAAAAACCAAUGGAAGUCGAUAGCAAUACGCCUAGGCUUUACAGCAGUAACAGUAAGUGUUACAAAUCUGGUGAAACAAGCGUUUAAGAAAUUUCUUCAACCUUAUGGUGAAUUUCAUCGCAAGCUUGGGUGUUCUAUGCUAAUGACACCCCGUAAUUCUAGCAGAAGUAAAGGGCGUAGUUUGGUACGUGCAAACUCUGUAGCUUCACCGAAACCAGUUGAAGUGAAUAAAGAUAUUCCAAUUAAAUCUGCAAACAUUAUCGCGACUACAUCCUUUUCAUCAUCAGCAUCAUCUUCUUCUAGCACCCAAAACAUCAUAGCUUCUCCUGUUGCGCCAUUAACAUCAGUCGAAGUAGUUGGUGUUGCGACAGCGUCAGUCACUGAGGAGUCAGAAAAUACAAGCGAAUCAAGUUUAGAUAAUAUGAAGAACAAACGAAAAAUUUUAAUCGGCAAAGUUAAAGGGCUUGUUGAAAAAUAUGAAGAGAAAGCAAAAGAUGAUUGUGAUGUUCCCUUGUCUAAAAUCAAGGCAGCUGUAGAGUCGUCACGCUCUGAGGACAAAGACAAAGUUGUAACCGUGAAGGACAAUUCUUGCACCGCUGUAAGUUUGAAUUUUCGGGAAUCUUCUCCUCCAGCUACCAGUUCUGCGAAUAAAAAGGAUAAAUCACAAAAAAAGCAAACUCCUCAAAGUGAUGAUAAGCGGAACAAGCGAAAAAAAGAUGAUACUAUCGAAAAAGUCGAUUCUGGUGAUUUUAUUGUUGAGGUUGGAGACAAGUUGAAAGUUUAUUACCAUGAGAAGAAGGUAACAUAUGAAGCAAAAGUCAUCGAAAUUUCUGUUCAACGUGGCUUGCCGAUGUAUCUAGUUCAUUAUACCGGUUGGAACAACCGCUAUGAUGAGUGGGUGCCAAGGGAACGCAUCGCUGAAAACAUAACCAAGGGCUCAAAACAAAAGGGACGUAUGUCGAAUUUAAGUUCCGCCGAGAAACAAAAAGAUAAUCCUUCAAAACCACCCACCGCCUCGUCGUUGGCUUCCUCAGGCUCUCCAAAUUCCAUCAUAAAUGCAUUAAGCAGCACUUCGAGUUCCACAAAGAUGUCGGGAUUAGCAAAACGCGGCCGUGGUCGCAGUGAUUCGCUGCCUCCUCGUUCUACUACACCCUCCUCAGUAGCAUCCAACUCCAGUCGCACAAAGUCUCCUGCGACAGCUGGUCUGAAAAAAAGACCAAUCCGCACGAUGACAAAUUCGGCUCGUCGGACCUCAGCUAACGUUUCCGACGUGUCCUUACAAAGUGAAUCUGAAACCGAUUCUGAUGAGCCAGUCCGUCGACCAACACGCGGCUCUAAAGAAAUUGAAUAUAAAUCGGGAAAUUUAAGUGGUAAAGGAACAAUCAAGAACAAACAGUCUGUAUCUGCUGGAAAUAGUCAGUCAGAUACGGAUGACGAAGGUGAAGAGUGUGAGUCAUCAACAAUUUUACGAGCAAAAAAUAACUCCUCAAAUAGCUUAAACUCCAAAGGACGAAAUUAUGAUCUGAGUCAAAUACGUUCAGAAUUAACGGGAUUCCCAGGGUUGAAGUCACCUUCAUCAUCAUUAGCAGGGGACGACGAGAUUUUGUCAGAUAUAAAAAUCGAAGAACCUCCGAAUAAGGAUGAGGGUAUUUUCGAUGCUAAAGAUAUUUGUAUUUCUGAAAGUAAAACGAUAGCUGAAUCAAGUGCCAGAGUAUCAACAGGGAAAAACGUGGUGAAACAAGAUCUAAAAGAAGAAAAUUUAAAAUCUUCUACUGACAUGUCUUCGGAGACAGAAUCGUUCUGUGAUGACGACUCACAAUCUUCGGGUAAAACCACGACCCUAGAAAACAUGACAAAAAAAUUUCAACAAAAAAUAAAAGCAGGCAAACAACAAGCAUUGGAAAAGCUUUCAUGUGGAAAACCUACGGUAGAACGCGUACCAAGAGUGGUGGAGAAAAUAAUACAGGAUUCACUGGCAGAAAAACUCCAAGAAAGCCUUAAAACUAAGCCAGAUCUUAGGCAAGAGGAGAACUUAGAGAAAAGUAUUAGUGAAACUGUAAUAUGUAAAUCUGAUACUGAUAAAAAAGAAGUAAAUAAAAUUACUUCUGUGCAAACAACUGAAUCACCACAAAAGGGAACUUCAACUAGUCAGGUACGGUGCAGCAGUGCCACAAACAACAGUAAGAUAUCCUCUGUUAUUCUGGAAAAAACAGUAAGCUCUGUUAAGAAAACAGAAUUUGGAAGCUCCAAAAAAGCUGACGUAAUCAGAAAGGGUAUAACAGAGUGUUUAGAAUUGCAGUCGAAGAAAAAUAUUGAUCCUUUGCUGAAAGAAGUAAAUAAGACUGAACCCUCUGCAGCUUGCUCUCCAUCCUCAUCUUCUUCAUCGUCAUCGUCAUCGACUUCUACGUCAUCGCGAUCGUUGCCUGACAUGAGUAAGCUUGAUAUUAGCGGUGGAUCUUCAUCUUCCUCAUCGUACACAAUUUCUAAUAAAGACGCGAAAUUGGUAUCUGUUACAACCAAGGCGACAUCACCCGAUAUAUAUGAGUUCAAAGAUCCAGAACCAUUUGAAUUGGAAAUACGAAAACUGCCAACUACCAACACAAACGCCUCUUCACUGAGUUCAGGUGCAAUAAGUGCAAGUAGUGUGGCAGCAAGUCCUCGAAAGCAAACUCAAAAAAUUACAAUGCAACAAGUGGUUGUUAGUGACAAGCAACAACCAUCCCAAAGUCCAAUCGCUGUCCUUGUGAAUCGGAAAAAACGCGGUUCACCAAUGAAGGAAGCUCCUGUGGAUAAAUCCAAGCUUUUGAAAACUGAUGAAAAAACUGUUGUAAUUUCAGAGGCAAAAUUGAUUCAAAUUAGUUCCACUAUUUCAAACGUAACAAAAAAUAGCUUAAGCGGUCAAUCAAAAUUGUUGACAUUAAACCCGAUAUCUUCUAAUCAAGGCAACUCAGCGUCACAGAAAACCGUUGACGUAUUAACAAACACGCCAUUUGAUACGUUGCGAAAAUCACCAAACUUCAAUGUAAACAUGAACGCGUUAAACGAGGAGCUGGCACAAACAGUGCAGGAAACAACCAGAGCACUAACUGAUGCACUAACUUUCCAAGCACCAAACGUAUCUUCCUUGCAGGAAGUCACUGCCGCUCCUCCGAAACUUGAGUCACCAAAAGAAAAGGAUAUUGGAGCCGUGGUUACUCCUCCUCGGAGAAGUACUCAAUCAAACGUUCCCACAUUAGUUAGCCCCGUUCCGACUGUAGCCGGUAAGACCGACAUUGGCAGUCCAUUUGUAGAAACCCGUAAAGAUCUGAGCAACGUUUUCGAGCUGAGUACAAAUGAAGGAUCAACCUCAAUUAGCGAGUCGAAGGAUAAUAAAUUUGAAUUCGAGAAUGCAAAGAAAAUGCUUUCUGCAACCGUGUGUGCGUUCGAUUUAGACCCCUCGAAAUACGAGAAUAAACCGACAUCUAUUGCAGAUAAACUUUUAAAAGCAAUCAGUCAAAAAAAAGAGGAGGAUAAACAUAGAGUAGAGCCUAAAAGUGAAAAAGUAGAAGAGGGCGGAGUUUUAAAAGAUUCAAAUACAGUGAUUGCAAAAAAUGCAUCAGAUGGAUUACCUCAAGUUGGCAAUUCUUCAGUUGAACCAUUAAAUAUUAAUACCGAUUUGGUUGGAUCUUCCGUCAGUUACUUAAGUAGUGGAAGCAGCUUGAGUAUAGAAAAGAUGCCCCUCAUAUCUGUUUCAAUAAAUAAGCCCGUAUCUCUUUCCAGUCCCGAACCUAAAUUAGGAAUACUGGAGUCGUUUACAGUAAAAAAUAAUGACUUAACAGAGACUAUACAAAAGCUUGAAUGCGCUAUUCAAAGAAAAACGCCGGUAGCUGGACUUUCGGUUACAACUACACCGACAUCGAGCUUAGCCCCAAAUACAUUUUCCGAAGACUCGAUGGAUAGUACCGAUUCAGAGCGCCGACUUGUAAUAGAGGACGUAGCAGAAGACAUAUGCGACAUGCUUAAAAGCCCUACUGGUUCGCAGCAUAUUGGAGAUUUAAAAGCCUUACAAACAGGUGUAGUGCCGCACAAGAUAGGUAUUGCCAUCAGUAAAGAAGUGCCAAGCAACCUUACUCCACAUACGGGAGUUCAGACUCCAAUACCUUUGAAAGCUUUACAACCAAGUCGAUCACAACCCUUUAGCUCAUCAGAGUCGACCACAACAUCGACUGUAAACAUAACUCCAACAAUAUCAACACACAGUGUUUCGCAAAGCAGUCUGCAUGUGGCACCAACCGAAAAGCCCGAUCAGGAAGAUCAACAAUUUGAAAGUCAGGAAACACACAAAGAGCACAAACAAAAGCAGCAUGAUACUGUCAGUUCGAGUGUAGAAAAUAUUCCAGAUGUAGGGUCAUGUUAUAGUGAAUGUAUUGGGUCAAGGAUUAGUUUCAGUUCUAAGCAACUUGAAAGUGCUGAAGUGUCAACAAUGAACACAGUUACAAUUUUAAUGACCAGCUCAAAAACUUCAAAGCACCAAAAUCAAAGAGCGGCCGAUGUUGUACCGAUUUUGGUUCCGGAUAUUCCAGUAUCAGUUGUCGUGGCCUCCGGUGCGGUGCCAUCAAUAAAGGCUGCAGCUCAGGCUGCAGCAACAGCACAAAAUCCCACAUCAGUAUGUAAACUAACCUUACAACCAGACCUUAAAGUCAGUACCAUUACGGCUACUAAACCGUCUUCGACUUCAAUUGUGACCGGCUCCUCUCCUGCAGGCUUGGGUUUAGAGAAAAAUCCUGAGGACAAGGUGAUUCAGAAUGAAGGUACAAAUAUUAAUGUAUCAACGGACUUAACUCUGAAUACACUUGGAACUGUUGCGUUUUCACAAUUACCGGGAAUGUCUUCAAAUUCAGGAUUUUAUUUGGAUGCUCGCACCGUAUUACGUCCAGAAGACGGUGUAAAACCGAUUGCAGACAGUCAGCGGACAAAUCCUGAAAUGGAAUUUUUAAGUGCCAAAGAAGUUAGAGGAGUUUUGUGUACUGAAGAAUUAACGUCUAGUUUGAGUGUGGACGCCAAUAAUGAUUCUAUAAAUCUGCUUUGCGAGGAGACAAUCCCAGGCAGCCCAGCACCUGCUUUUGGAGGAAAAGAAGAACCUUUAACAACACAGCUAUCCAUGGAAAGUAAUUUACUACUAGAAUGCGACAGCAAGGAUUUAGUGAGUAAUCAAAUUCCGGACGACAUUACGAGAUCAGGUGCUUUGAUUGCUCAUAAUAACAGUUCUCCAAAUGAUUCAGCAAGUCAAGAUGAGAGUAGUGAAGAAAUAAAAAAGAAUUUGGAUAUCGAAAACGAGAUAUCGCCAAGGAAACGACGACGAACUAGAAAGCAGUCGGAGAUGGUUACCAUGUCAGAACAGCAUACAAAACGACGAAAACAAAUUGGAUGCUCGAAAAAAAUUCCAGUUAUGUUAGAAAACAUACAAUUUACAGCUGGUUCAGACAGCGACGAAAACUCGGAUGGUAUAUCGCAGCGUACCACUGUUUCAUCCAGACAUCAAUUUCAUCAACUUCAACAACGGCAGACGUCAGUUGGAACUCGGCCUUGCCCCUAUAAUUUCUUAGUGCAAUUAGAUCCCAACAUAGGCUCCGACCAGUGCAUAGCAAUUUUGUUAAAACAGAUCCAAGAAUUACGUAAAACCUACAAUACAAUAAAAGGUGACCUUGCGAAUAUUGAUCGAAGACGCAAAAAACUGCGACGGCGAGAAAGAGAGAAAAAGCAGCAAGCGCAGAACCAACAACAAACUAAGAUUACUUAAAAAACACUCGUUACCGAUGAAAUAAAAAUGGAGAAAAUAAAGAUUGUCAUUAUUAAGAUAAUACAAAACCACAUUUACAUAUACCGUUUUUGCUUUUGUAAAACAAAAUAUUUAAUUAAAUUUAUAUAUGUGCAUA